AUGGGUAUCUUGAUUUUUGGGUUUUCUUUCGUCUCUUAUAUCUCGGUUGUAAGCUGCGCUCCUCGUGCCACUCUGGAUAGGCUUACCCAUCAUGAAUUGUAUAACCGGAACGGGUUGGAUGCCCUUGCUCAGCCCAAGGAACAGAGAGGCGGAAUGUAUGUGAAUAAAUCUAGUUCUUUCCCUAUGGGUGCCUCUCGCACCUCCGGCGACAGAAUAACGGACUUCCAUACUUUUACGGGUCGCAGGGCUGUUCCAAUAGCUAUUCCUCUAAUGUCCGUCGUCUUCAUCUUCCUGGCUCUACUCUCCGUCAAGGUAACAUACCUGAAGCAACGUCGUCUGCAGACUAUACACGAACUUCCAACUCUUCUGGUUAGCAUUCAUGAAGAAGACGAUCAAGAUAACAUAUUUGGAUACCCGCCUACUGGAGAGGUCGACAACGAGAACCAUGGGCUUUCAGUACAGAGUCACACUACGCGUCUGGUUUCAAAAUAUUCAAACGUUACACAUUCCUCCAACAAGGUGACUUACAAUGUCCGCCGCCGCCCCGAGUCCGCUCCAGGGGUCCUUGUGGGCAUGCUCGGAAGUCCAGACUGGGAAACGAAUAUGCAACGCGAACUUGCAAACCAUCACUGGCGUCUUCGCAGCGAGUCCCGAAGUUCCUCUGCUAAUCGACACACUUGGCAUUCACAACAGCCCUGUAUGUCCUUACACCGAGCAACUAGCGCAAAGCGUGGGUCCGAAGCACGAGGUGCUAAAGGACUACCAGCGAGACAUUCGAGUCUGCGAAUGCCGCAUGUUUCAAGUUUUGAAGAGCUGGACUCGGACAUAUUUCAAAAUUCGAGACGGAGGCCAAGGUCCUUCAAUGCUGUCGUUGAUCGUAUUCGCGCAAGUCGAAGUCGUUCCAUCUCAGAUCGUUCAUCGCUCGCAGGAAAUAAUUCGCAGUUAGGCUCUUAUUUAGCAGAUGCAAGUAGUGGUGCGUUGGCCAGGUUAUGUCGUCAUCAACCUUCAACGAUUAGAGAGGCAGACAAGCCGCAUUCCACAUUGCCAUUUUUCCAUGACACAACAUUUCGCUUCGAGGUGACUGACUACGGAGACGGUACACUUGUUCACAACUCUAAUUAUCCGUCGCCUAUGGUUGAUGAAUUACCGGUGCGUAUGAGCAGUAUCGAAAGUGGACUCGAUUCGGGAAACAUGGUGAUGUCUACCUCUUACGAAGGUUUCCCCUCCCCACCUGCAACACCUCUAUCGCCAGAAUUAGCGACUCCUCAGUUCCCCAAUGAAGUGAAUGUCAACGCUGUGUGCGUCGAAUCACGUUACUUUGACGAGCAUUUCUACAACCGAAUAAUAACUGGGAGAGAGACUAGACAACCCACAUUUCGCGCUUCCGGACUUGGCUUAGGACUCUUUGGGAAGAAUAGGCGUGACAAGAAGACGAACAGUUUGACUUCCUUGGACUCAGACCCAGACUUUGAAUUGUCCAAUUUGCCAGAUAUGCAUGUCUCACAUCUACCAGACACUCGCCUUGAUCCCCUCAACGCGAGUAACUGUCAUGGUCCAACCCCUAGUCUGCAUUCUCCUGAAUUCUCUUCUCCUGAGCUGGCACAGUCCUCUAAUAUAAUCCGAGAACAGGAAGGGUGUGCUAUUAAAAAAAACAACGCCGAAGUACAAUUCCUCCGCCCAGCUACGGCGAAAAUUCUGAAUCGGCAUCAUUCUCGUGUUCGGCAACACGUUCCGUUCUCUAUUAUUGCGCCUCCGCCGGCGUAUCUCAAAAGAUCGCAGUCAUUUGAGCGUUCUGGACGCUUCUCUCGGAAGGGACUUCUUGCGACUAAAUGGCAUAAUGAUUGUCAGGACCCGUCUAGCCGUACUGUAUCUCUUGUUGACCUGUCUGUGCCUGUUCGGCCUUCACCUCUAAGGCGCGUGGCCUCUAUGGGUUCUGUAGGUUCUUCUGCUGCUUCGUCUAGGGGUCUCGGGAGACCCGGAAGUAUCGGUACAUAUCCCGGUACAGCUUCGAAUGCUGUAGCAGGAAACGGGGACGAAAUUGCUACGAAUAAGACUACACAAGGCCGAAAGACUGGAGACGGUUAUCCUGCGGUUAAUGAGGCACGGGCCGCAGAACCCGCAGUGGCUACGUUGAAGUCAAAGAUCUCCCAUACAUCCUUGUUCCUUGAUCUCGGUGGAUCUACUGUUGACCUUGAAGAUGACCAAAGCCUGUCUUGCUUCUUCGAUACUUCUGGCAGCAUAGAUAUGCAUAGGGGCCUUGGUUAUUUACAGGGAAGUUCCUCCGGAGUUCUUGCGAUUGCGGAGGAAUGCUCGGAUGAGGAUAUCGAAUAUAUCGCGGAGGUUCAUUCGAAGUCUUUUGGAGGCGUCGGUCAUGAUGCCGAUGACGAUCGUGGGCUAUGA